AUGGAAAAUGUAGGCGACGACAACCAGGCGUCAGAUGAAGGGGCUGCCAAGCCCGCGACCCCAACGACCCAGACCUUCUCGACUACGAUGUCCGAGAUUGAUCAAGACGUGGAGAUGGACGAGUCCUCAUAUUACAAAGUAGGGAUCGAAGACUGGAGCGGCAUGCCGAUGUACACAGCCUUCCCAGACCAAGUAGUCCCCGGGACGGCCGACGAUGCAGAUGAGAAAGAGCACGCUGUACACAGUGAAGACAUGACGCGAAUCUAUCUCAGCGAUGAACUAGAAGAAAAAGCCCCUGUUGACCCUCUCUUGCUGGCUCAAGUCGAAAGGGAACAAUUUGCAGCCGCGAACGGAACUCCCAGCCGACGCCGAGGCCAAGUCGAGGCCACUUUUGAAAAUGUUGAAGGGGGGGAAGAGAUUGAUGCGGCACAGGAGCCUGAAAGUGAGCACGACCCAUCAAGUCCUUCCCCGCAAAAGCUGUCGAUAUCCGUGAAAGAGGAACCAAGUCAUCAUCAAUUUGCCCCAGGUGAUGAUGACUGGAUCCGGCAACCUCCUUGGAACAGACUCGAAAUCGUAGAUGCCUACAUGAUUGGCAGUCCCCAAGUCAAUCAGUCGGAACAAGACGCGGAGGGCGGCGGCCCAACUCCGGUCGAAAAUGAAUCCGCCGGGCAAGAACUCGUCGCUGUUGACGCUGGAAACGGUAUGGACGUUUGUAUGGUGCCAGAGACUCUCACAGGUAAUCAGCGAUCUGCGGUCGAGGCUGAGCUGGAAGACGUGCAACAGGCCAAGCGUCAGCGAGACCUCCAAAAACAGCCACGGCGGAUGACGCUCCGGAGUGAAGCAGAACGAAGAGCUCCGAAACGACUCGAAGAUUACCAUGUUGAGCCCCACUUCAGCACCAAGUGA